AUGCCUCCUGGCGACGGCGACGCCGACAACCAAGGCGACGCGACACAGCAAACACAGAAGCGUCCUGCCGAACAGCUCGAUGCGCCUUCGCCAGAUCCAACCGCCGACAACAAAAAACGGCGGACCGCGGGCACGGGCACCAGCUCGAGAGGUGUAGCCAACUUGACCCCCGACCAACUGGCCAAAAAGCGUGCCAACGAUCGCGAGGCCCAACGCGCAAUCCGGGAACGGACGAAGAAUCAGAUCGGGAACCUCGAGAAGCGCAUCAGAGAAUUGGAAUCGCAACAGCCAUACCAAGAACUACAGCAUGUGUUGAGGCAGAAAGAGCUGGUGGAGGCAGAGAAUGCGGAUAUCAAGAAGCGCCUGUCUUCAGUGCUCUCUCUAAUCCAUCCGAUUCUUGGACAGCAUGGCCUUGAAGCAUCUUCUUAUUCGGCGCCGCCGGCACCAUCCUAUAUACCCAAUCGACCAAGCUCCUCCUCAAACCGUAAUGUCACGACGCCGACUAGUGCCUCCUCUCCCCCCGCUGUUGGAGGCUCCUCUCAAUGGCAAGCCCCCGGCGUGCCAAUGAGCCACGAGCCCCGUGCAUAUCCACAAAUACAAACCGCGCAAGCCAAACAACUGAGCCAGCAGAGAUACGACAUGGCGCAUAAUCUGGAUAUGGGGCCUGAGAGACUGGGUCUCGACUUCCUCCUGGACGGCACUCAACGGGUGACCAAGAUCCCCGAUGGGAUAAAUGGAGUACCAGCACCGUCGAGUUUCCAACAGAUCCCUAGGGAAUCAGACAGGGAGAGCCCGUCACAUCGAAGUAACUCUAUCACCAGCAACAAUACCAACUUCAAUGGCAAUCUUGGCCCAGAGGAGAUGGCCGGGCACUCAGCACCGAUCCGAAAUGGACCUCCCACCUGUCCCCUAGACAGUCUCCUCCUCGACUUCCUCCACGAACGCCAACAGCUUGCCGCCGACGGCGUCCCGAUCCCCAAGCUUAUCGGGCCCCUCUACCCCAGCGUCUCCUCCCUCCUUAACCCCGCCCGCAGCAUCCACGCGCACCCCCUCUCCAAAGUAUUCACCGACAUCCUCGCCACCUUUCCCGAUCUCUCCACGCUCCCCGAAAAAGUCGCCCUCUUCUACAUCAUGUUCCUGCUCAUGCGCUGGCAGAUCGCCCCCACGCAAGAGAACUACGACCGGCUGCCCUCCUGGUUCACGCCGCGGCCCUCCCAACUCUUCACCUCCCACCCCGCCUGGAUCGAUCAUCUGCCGUGGCCCAAGAUGCGCGAUCGUUUGGUCCGGGACUACAAUCCCCGGGACUACCUCUUUGAUAACUUCUUCGUGCCCUUCACGUCUACCCUGUCUCUAGACUGGCCCUAUGAACCGACGGACGCCCUGAUACAGAGUCCCGAUAGUGAUGAGUUGGGAAUUAAUCCGGUGUUUGAGAGGCAUCUGAGAAGAUUGGAGAAUUGGAGUUUGGGACCGCAGUUCGCGAAGGCGUUUCCUGGCUUGGCGGAUACUUAUAGGUUGAAGACGGAUGGGGAUCGGAGGCCUUAG